GCGUCAUUCGCUUUAGGUACGUGUGUGAUGCGGCGCUUGUCGUGGUAUGCCUCAGGUGGGUACCACCUGACCCCAGCCUACAGGGAUUAUCUAAAGGGGUGUUAGCGCGGCGCUGGGUGGUCAAUGAUAUUCGGAUAUAAAGGGGGUUCUGUGGCAUGAUCUUUUGGGGUUUACUACUUCGAUACGAGGUCUUGCGUUCUACAGAUUAUACCAAAAACCAUCCGUAUGAAAUAAAAGAGCUUUAGCAAUUUAAAAUCAUUUUCAAAAGAAUUUCAGACUACCAGAUGCAAGCCCUGAAACAAAGCCCUCAAAGGCACUGAAUAGACUUAAUUCAGAUACAAAUUUUGGAUCUGAUAUUUUUACAUCAUGGGAGGAGCAGUUGUGGACGAUGGGCCAACUGGCAUAAAGGCCCCAGAUGGUGGAUGGGGAUGGGCCGUUCUGUUUGGAUGUUUUGUCAUUACUGGAUUCUCUUAUGCUUUUCCCAAAGCUGUCAGUGUGUUUUUUAAAGAAUUGAUUCGUGAGUUUGGCAUAGGAUACAGUGACACAGCAUGGAUAUCUUCGAUCUUACUGGCAAUGCUUUAUGGUACAGGCCCACUUUGCAGUAUCUGUGUGAAUCGUUUUGGCUGUCGCCCAGUAAUGAUGGUUGGUGGUCUCCUUGCUUCUCUUGGAAUGGUGGCUGCUUCUUUUUGCACAAGUAUUAUCACAAUUUACCUCACUGUUGGGGUCAUAACUGGUUUGGGCCUUGCUCUCAAUUUCCAGCCUUCUCUGAUUAUGCUGAACAGAUAUUUUGACCAGCGCCGCCCACUGGCAAAUGGACUGGCUGCAGCAGGAAGCCCUGUGUUUCUCUGUGCCCUAUCUCCUCUGGGGCAAGUUCUUCAGUAUGAGUUUGGUUGGCGAGGAGGCUUUCUUAUAUUGGGUGGGCUGCUGCUCAACUGCUGUGCUUGUGGGGCUCUGAUGAGACCACUUGAACCUCCAAAGAAAGCUAUCGAAGAUGUCAAGGUGACACAAGAAACAAAACCAAAGAAAAAGCUGCUUGACUUCAGUGUCUUCAAAGAUAGAGGAUUUCUUAUCUACACUGUGGCUGCUUCCAUUAUGGUUCUUGGGCUAUUUGUUCCUCCUGUGUUUGUUGUAAGUUAUGCAAAGGACAUCGGUAUCCCAGACACAAAGGCAGCUUUUCUCCUCACCAUUCUUGGAUUCGUUGAUAUCUUUGCACGACCCACAUGUGGAGUAGUUGCAGGGCUGAAAUGGGUUAGACCAUAUUCUGUCUACUUAUUUGGAUUUUCUAUGCUCUUUAAUGGGUUCACUGAUCUGAUGGGCUCCAUGGCAGAUUCCUUCUGGGGACUGACCAUCUUCUGCAUAUUCUUUGGGAUUUCCUAUGGAAUGGUCGGUGCACUGCAGUUUGAAGUCCUGAUGACUAUUGUUGGUACACAAAAAUUCUCCAGUGCUAUUGGGCUGGUCCUACUAGCAGAAGCUUGUGCAGUUCUUGUUGGACCACCAUCGGCAGGAAAAAUCUUGGAUGCAACUGGGAAGUACAUGUUUGUAUUCAUCAUUGCUGGUGUUGAAGUCGUAGUGUCCUCUUUGGUUCUCACUGCUGGAAACUUUUUCUGCAUUAAGAAAACUGUAGAGGAACCUCAUCAUAAAGACAAUGCAGAUAUAGAAGAACUUAAAAAACUUGAUGGCACAAUACCUGAAAAUGGCAAAGUGGAUUCAGCAGAAAUGGAACAGUUCUUGAAGGAAGAAAAGAAAAAUGGAGAAGUUUCAACAAAUCCAGAGUCCUGUGUCUGAACACUUUGAGCUUUAGGAUAUUUAAUUCAGGGGUAGAAGAUUUAGGGCUGUGCCAAUCAUUGACUGUUUUAAAUGUACAUUAAUGCUGAUUUUAUUGUAAGUAAACACUAAGUUGUGGUGGAGAGGCAGUUGAUGUAGUCCAUUAACCCAUGGUAGCCACUGAGCUGAUUUGCUGUCCUUUUAUCUGCACUAGAUUCAUAUACACAAAUAGGCAAUUGGCUGCUAUAGGACUCUUUUAAUACAUAACCUCAGUAAGAAUAGGUCAGACAAAGCAAGUUGGUUGUAUUUAGUGAUACUUCUCAGUUGACUGGGAAAAAUGUCAGUACAAAAUAUAUAUUUUAAACGGUUCAAAUUUUAUUUUUAUUUUAAUGUACAACCAACUCUGCCUGAGAAGAACAGGACUUGCAUAACAUUUCAGAGAAGACUACAGAUAGUUUGAGCUUACCUUAAUAUGCAGUGUUUUCAGUUCAUGUUGGCAUCUUAAUCGCCAGUCAUUUACUGAUGCUUGAGUUGAUCUGUGCUGGUCUGUAUAACGUAUUACCAAUGUCUAACUCAAUCCUAACUGUUACAUGUCAGUGUGUGGGGCUUUUUUUCUCAUGUUAUUUAUGGAGAUGUUUAAUACACUUUUUGUGAUGUGAUUUUAUCUGGCAUUGGACUGAAAAGUCAGUAAAUUAUAUAAAAUUUA